AUGGUGGAUCCCAAACCCCGAAGGCGCAUUGUGCCGAUUCAGAUCGCUGCAUCGCCCACAAUCGUAUCGAAUCAGGCAACUGUAGAUGAUGAAGCCCAUGUAGAGGAGGUCUGUCCCGGAGGGGCAGACCUGCAGGCACAGGCAGAGUAUGCUGCCGCCAAUCUGGGCGCCGAUCGUAAGCUGUACGUGGAUCUCUCCGGCCUGGAGCCAUCCAAGCCCAUGGUGGACUGGAAGGAGCUUCUCAAGGCUCGAGGGAGUUCCAACGGCCCAGACAAGCAGAUCGCUGCACGGGACGAGCAAGAGGCGAAGAGUAGCCUGGCUGCAUCCGACGAGAUGGGGGGAGGCAGCAGCUCAGACAGCGAUUCCGGCGAGCCCGAUGGGGACGCGAUGUCCGAUGAGGACAAUGCGGACGGCGACAAUGGCACGGAUGGAGGCGGCGCUACAGGAACAGACCUGGAGACCCGCCGCAGGCAGAAGAAUGAUGACUACGAUCACAUGGACGAGUUCAUCGAUGACUCAGAGUUCAUUGAGCUGAUGGAGGACAGCGACAGGCGGCGGACCAAAUUUCAGGGCUUCUUCAUCACGAGGGGCGAGAUUGAGCGCCUGGACAGCCCGCCUGCCGCGCCACAGGAGAAGGAUAAGAAGAAGCGGAAGGCGACGGAUGCCGUGGUUUCUGGUGCAGUUGCACCUGCUCCGCCGCCAAAGCCGGUCAAGGCAAGCAAGGGGACUGCAGCGGAUGGCUCUGGCGGCGCAAAGUCUGCGGCAGUCAAGCCCGCGUCUGACGCAGGCCAAGCCUCGCCAAGGAAGAAGAAGCGGAAGAAGGUGGAUGCGACGUCAGGUGUUGAAGGGCAGAAUGCGAGCGUUUCUGCACCCGCCCCGCCCCAACAGCCAGCGCCCUUGAGCAUCGCACAGUUGGCAGCCCGCGCCGGGGCUGGCGGGGCGGCUGGGCCCGACGCAGGGGCAGCUUCUCAAAGUGCGCAGGUGGGCGCCCGCGCCGCCUCGCCUGGCCGGGCGGCAGGCGCAGUCGCUGCUCCGGCAGCGCCGCAGACCGCGUCUGUGACCGUACCUGCGAUUGUGCCGGCGGCCUUGCCCGCGGCUGCGGCGCAGCCUGGGCUACCGCCAGUGCAUAACGCAGCCGGACAGCUUCCCGGCGAGGAACGCCUGAAGGCCGAGCUGGCGGAGUUGGGGCAGUAUCUGGCAACUGCCUUGGCCCCCGCCCCACCCCCCGCCGCGACCCCCGAGGAGCAGAAGGAAGCGGAGGCGGCUGCCUGGAAGCUGCUGCCCACGGCCCUGCGCCAGCGCGUGUACGCGAGCCUGCGCCUGGUCCUGCGCGACACCGACCUCAACAGCGCGAUGGGCAAGGCGUGGCUGGCCCAGCAGCGAGAGAUCGCCGACGGCGGCCUCAUCCCCACAGGCAUGCCGGGGUCGGAAGGGCCUGGGGCUCCCAUUCCUGAAAGCGUUCUGGAGGAGGCAGGCCUGGCACCGGUCAUGGGCGACGAGGAGAUCCUGUCGGCGGCCGCCACCCAGGGCAGCUGCGACGCCGCGGCGCUGUCGUUCGCGCUUUCCUCCACGCGCGGCUCCCUGUACGGGCGGGCGCUGACCCGGCUGCGCCUGCUCUCCCCCUCGCGCAUGGCGCCGGAGCAGCGCAGCGCCACCGUGGCCGGGCUGGGAAGGGCCAGCGCCAAGGAGCACGUCGCGCAUGUCGGCGGCUAUCGCUACGCGCUCAAGGCCUUUGCCGGCGUGGUGGACCAGCCCAAGCCCCAGAAGGCCGGCGGGGCAGGGGCGGCGUCCAAGGGCCCGGCCCCGGGGCCUGCAUGA